AUGGCUCGAAGAUCGAACAAAGGCCGCAAGGCCCAAAAUGCUGACUCCAGUUCCGUUCUGCAGUCCCAAGAAAAUCAGAAGCCGAAGAGACAGACCCAAAGGCCCAAACAACAGCAGCAGAAGAACCAGUCGCGGAAGGGCGGUCGCAAAAACAAGAAUAAAGCGGCUCCAGCGCCCAAAACCCAAACCGCUAAGCUGGACCUCCCCGACCGCCACACACAGGUCCCAGAACCAGGUGCGAGGAUGCCGUGGGACCUGGAUCCGAAAUACAAUUCGGCUGUCGAUGCUGGUAGGAUCACCUCGGUGAACGAUAACUCCAUUCUGGUCCGGCUCCUGCAAGUCUCCGAGCUUAGCGGCAUGAUAAUCGAUUUGAUUAGCCCCAGCGUCCGUGAUAUCACGGCACUGGCCAUGUCCUGCAAACGGGUGGCCGCCUGUACGCGGGCCAAAUUUGACGUUUGGGACUUUAGAGGGGGCGUCUUCCCUACUGAGCCCUAUGCCAAGAAACAAGACGAGGAGGGCCAUAUCAUUCAGGGCGGCGGCUUUCGGUCCAACACCUUGAUCAUCAGCCCAACCUCGGACGAGCCGAGGUGCCCCAAGAAACCUUACAUGACCGACUUCUGGCACAUGAUGCAGCUUUGCCGCGCUAUUGCGCAAAUACCAUCGACGUUCCGUUCCAUCGUCUUGGAUCAGCUCCCCUUCUUUGACGUCGCCAUGUUUGAGCUCAUGAUCAACACGAUGCCGAGGCUGACGACAGUCACGAUCACUCGGUGCUUGCUUCUCGACGUGACCAAGUUGAGGCCAUUGCUCGGAGUCAUCAAACGCCACCCGCGGCGCUUGGAAGACAGGCCGUCUCGUACGAUGCCCAACGACCCCUGGGCCAAAAUGCCCAAACAGAAGAUGUCGGGGUUGGAGGCGCAGGCACAGGUUGAAACCUCGAGAAACAAUGCUGGACGAGAGGGAACCCAACGGAGAAAAACACAGCAGAAAAAAACCCGGCAGGGUACCAGGGCGUACAUCCGCCUGGACUUCUCGCCCUUCUUUUUUUCCGGACCUGAAUCAGGUGCACGCCUGGGUACAUACGGCGUGACUCAUAAUGAGCCGACGUUUAACACGCCCAAGGCCGUGUUUGCCUUGAUUCUGCAGUGCCGGGACCUAGCCCGAACGGUGGGCAUGGACCUGCUCAGUGAUAGCUCGUCCUUUUGGGCCUUUGUUCGCCGGCUGCCCGGUCCCGACGUCCUCUGGGCCCUAAAGGCUCGGGAGACUCUGAUGACCCGCGAGCAUGAACUGGCCGUGGGCAAAAAGUCCGCCGAGAUCAUCUGGGACAGGUUUGCGGACGACCUCACGGCCGCCUUGACCGGGGACAACCAGACGCACCCCAGGAUGCCCGCCACCAUGGCGAGAUAUCGAUCAUAUGAGAUGACCGGGAAGUACUGGCGAAGUUCGGAGGAGUGCCGCAUGUGCGGUUCGACCUACCCCGUGUCUCUCUUUCCUCUCCGGCGCGACACUUGCUGGGGAUGCAAGAUGGUGAGGUAUGUCGAGAUGAUGGAAGACAGCCAUCUCCGGCUCUGGCAAGAGAGCGCUCUUCAGCAAUGGCGAUCUGGACUUAAUCUACCCAGGACGAACCUCAGGAAACUGCUCUCGUAUAAGAAAUCGACUUUGGAUAAGGCUCUGGAAGAUGUUCGGUGCGCGGACUGGGUAAGGGAGUACUUCCUCGACUUUAACCCCCCGCCGCAAAGCACGGCCGCGUACGACUGGGGAACCGGUACACCACCGGAACCAUUGUACUGCCCUCCACCGCCUAGAAGGGGGGGUCCUCAGCGCAGCCACCCCUGCACCAUACCGCUCAGCGCUAGUGACUCUACCGAUCCCAACUACGGCGCUGAGGCGCAGGAACAUUUUGAGAGCCGUUGGGAAUGGACGGAACUGAGCGACAAGAUUUUCACCGAUAUUUGGUUCCAAGAGUAUCGAGACAAGGUGGCAGAGGAUCGACUCGGUAACCUGCCUUCGAACAUCACCGACGAUCAACAUCCCGCCUUCGAACGGGAGCUGAAGCGCGCUCGCAAGAUGCCCGAGUACCGCAAAAGGGUCCAGGAGCGUGAGUGGCUCAAGCAAAACAAAGAGGACAAAACCUCGUACGCCACGCAGCUUAAUCUCAUCGAGGACUGCUUGUGGUCCAUGUCGACGCUGACCCGCAAGCCUUUCAACCUGGACAAGCCCAUACCCGACCCGGGUGUGGAUCCGGUGGCGUACAAUCGUCUACUGGAUGAGCAUAGUCGGAUGAGCGGCUAUGGCUUCAGAAAGGAGGGCUUCUGGCAGUAA